AUGGCGCUGCUCAGGAGGUUGGCGGGGCUGCGGCUAAGCGGCUGGGCCCAGCAGCAGAGCGCCAGCCCGCUGGUGCAAAAGCUGGCCUUCUCCAGCGCGCAGCCAGCCGCCGCCGACAACCCCUUUUAUGCGGUGCCCGAGGGCCACCAGCAAUCGGACCUGUCCUCCGAGGCCUGCCAUAUCGGGCUGUCGCGGCGCAAGGACCUGACGCUGCGGGAGGACGUGCGGCUGACGGUCAAGGGAGAGAAGAAGACGCUGGCUGAGCUGCUCAAGGGCGAGAAAGCGGUGGUUUUCGGUGUCCCCGACUGCGGCAAGGUGUGCAGCGAGCAGCACGUGCCCAGCUUCCUGCAGCGAGGUGACGAGCUGCGGCGGCUGGGCAUCUCCAAAAUCCUGUGCGUCGCCGUGGGCGACCCGGCAGCGGCAGACAGCUGGGCACAGAAGCUCAGCUUGAGCGACGGCAGCAAGAUUCAGGUGGUGGCCGACACCAACGGCGCCUUCACGCGGUUCUUGGGCGUGGAGCUGGCGGCGCCCGACGCGCCCGGCGCUCGCAGCCAGCGGUAUGCGGCGGUUGUGGAUGAUGGUGUGCUGCUCAAAGUGCGCGUCGACAAGUCGCCAGCGGAGGCCAAGGCCUCCAGCGCAGGCUCCAUCGUGGAAGUGAUCAAGGCCAUGCACUAA